CAAGCAAUGUCAUCCCCAUCACAGAAAGAAAUCAGGACCAUGAAGGAUUUUUUGGAUGAAACGGAAAUAAACUUACUUGAAUGCAAGGUUUGUUUUGAAAAAUACAGUCAUCAACAAAGAUAUAGGCCUAGGAACCUUCCUUGUGGUCACAUCAUGUGUCAGGAUUGUGUUUCAUCUCUCUGCAACCCUGGAAACUCGAGGCUAGAAUGUCCUUUCUGCCGCAAAGGUUGUAGGAAGUCUGAGACCAGUGUGUGCCUUCCUGUCCUACAUCUCCUGGAGAUCAUAGGGCGCGUGGUUCCUGAAAACCAAGAAAGACAAUUCACAGACUGUAGAAGUAAUCAAGUAGCAAAACUAAAUUCUGCAAGUUUUAAACUGAGUGCAUCUUUUGGUGGCUGGGGUGUGCUCUUCAACCCUACUGGUAUUGCUUCCUGUUACAGCACCGGCUGUCUGCUUGUUGCACACGAUGGUAAAAAAAGACUGUCAAGAUUCACAUUAAAUGGAAAAUUGGUUCACGAAAUGGGAGAGAAGUCUAGUUCCGAAAAUGGCCUACUGUAUGCAGUCAGUGUGGCGGUCACAUUGGAUGGAUUUAUUGCAGUUACAGAUGCAGGUGAUCGCUCACUAAAGGUGUACAGUCAAGCUGGAAAAUGUACUUUGAUUGUUACAAAGCCUUUCCUCUUACCUUGGGGCUUAGCUGUGAAUGCUGAAAAUGAAGUCAUAGUUUCUGACCCAGAUGCCAACAGUCUUAUUCUGGUAGCUGCCGACUUCAGCCAAGGUUGCAUCAAGAAGAUGGUUAACAUAUGUUCUUACUUGAGCCAGCCCAAGGAAAUUGCCAUCUACCAAGCUAAUGGAUCGGUUAUUGUGGUUGAACACCUGGCAAAAGACAACAAAAAUUCUUCCAGUACUCGAAUUAAGAUUUUAAAUAAUAAGAUGAAGCUCUUAAGGCAAAUUGAUAGUUUUAGUUUAAGCUCUUGUCUGCCCUUAGAUGUGCACACAUCUGGAGUGGCCUUUGAUCAAGAAGGAAAUAUUUUAGUAGCAGAUGUAAAUAACCGAUGCGUCAUUUGCUUAAACAAAGUGGAGAAAGGCAAUGCCUUAAAGCAUGUUGUUGCCAGUGGCCUUUCAUACCCGGUAGCAAUAGCAGUAAUAGAGGAUGGUUCCAUUGCUGUUCUGGAUAGCGGCAACCACUCUGUACUAGUUUACUCUCCAUAA